GUGUUUUCACUGUGUUGACCAAUCAGGUCCACGUUUUUUUUCCCCUAAGCAAUGACCAGAGAAGUUGAGUGUGAAACGGCGCUCUGGCCAGUUAGUUGAGUGUUAGUGCGAGUCACAAUGGAUGCCAUACCUUGUUGUUUAGUGUUAUUUACGCUUCUUUUCGUGACGGGAAUACAAGAAGCUCGAGGCUUGCAGUGUUUUUGUGAAAGAUGUGUGAACAGCACGUGCCACACAGACGGCCUGUGCUUCGCCAGCCUUGUCCGGCACAGCAGCGGGCGCAUUGUGGCCACCGGCUCCAUGUGCCUGCGGGAGGCGGAGCUCAUCCCCAGGGACCGCCCCUUCCUGUGCGCCCCGUCCACCAAGGAGGGCAACGGCGUGUAUCCUCACUGCUGCAGCCUUGACAUGUGCAAUAAGGACCCUGUGGACUACGUCGACUUUCCAGACCCCACCCCCAGGAGUCCGGCACUAGGGCCCGUGGCUCUGGCGGCCGUGAUCGCAGGGCCCGUUGUCGUGCUGUGCUUCGUGCUGGUGCUGGUGUUCUACGUGUGCCACAGCCGUUCGGUCAUACACCACCGCGUGCCCAGCGAGGAGGACCCCUCCAUGGAGCACCCGUUCCUGGCCGACGGCACCACGCUGAAGGAGCUCAUAUACGACAUGACCACUUCAGGCUCCGGCUCAGGCCUGCCGCUGCUGGUGCAGAGGACCAUCGCCAGGACCAUCAUCCUGCAGGAAAGCAUUGGGAAGGGCCGCUUUGGCGAGGUGUGGCGCGGUCGCUGGCGGGGGGAGGAGGUGGCUGUGAAGAUCUUCUCCUCCCGCGAGGAACGCUCCUGGUUCCGUGAGGCGGAGAUCUACCAGACCGUCAUGCUCCGCCACGAGAACAUCCUGGGCUUCAUCGCCGCCGACAACAAAGAUAAUGGCACUUGGACCCAGCUGUGGUUAGUAUCGGAUUACCACGAGCAUGGUUCCCUUUUUGACUACCUGAACAGAUACACAGUCACAGUGGAAGGCAUGAUCAAGCUCUCUCUGUCCACCGCCAGUGGCCUGGCUCACCUCCACAUGGAGAUAGUGGGCACUCAGGGUAAGCCUGCCAUUGCCCACCGUGACCUCAAGUCCAAGAAUAUCCUGGUCAAGAAGAAUGGCACCUGCUGUAUCGCCGACCUGGGCCUGGCAGUGCGCCACGACUCUGCCACAGACACCAUUGACAUCGCACCCAACCACAGAGUAGGCACCAAAAGGUACAUGGCUCCAGAGGUGUUGGACGACUCCAUAAACAUGAAACACUUUGAAUCCUUCAAGCGGGCAGAUAUCUACGCCAUCGGGCUGGUGUUCUGGGAGAUUGCACGGAGGUGCUCCAUAGGAGGCAUCCAUGAAGACUACCAGCUGCCCUACUACGACCUGGUGCAGUCCGACCCCUCUGUGGAGGAGAUGAAGAGGGUGGUGUGUGACCAGAAGCUACGGCCCAAUAUCCCCAAUAGGUGGCAGAGCUGCGAGGCGUUGCGUGUGAUGGCCAAGAUCAUGAGAGAGUGCUGGUAUGCCAACGCGGCUGCACGCCUCACAGCCCUGCGCAUCAAGAAGUCCCUCUCCCAGCUCAGCCAGCAGGAGGGAAUCAAGAUGUAGACAGAGAGAGAGAGAGCUCAUGGACCAUCUUUUUUUUUCUCUCUCUCUCUCUCUCUCUGCCCCUCCUUCUUUCUCUAUCUCUCUUUCCGUCUCUGUCUCUCAGCAAUAUCUCAGCCUCUUUUGAUCCGAGAGUCAGUCGGGGCGGAACUUUUCUCUCUUCAAGUAUUUAUUACCCAUCAGGGUCCAGAGCCCAGUCCAGCUGGGCUUAGCUUUGAAGCAGCUGUUGAGGGGCGGGAGUGACCAUGCGGCAAGGCCACCUUCAUGAAAAAGCUUGGCGGCCGGCGUGCAUGCACCCUCAUGAAGGAGUUGGCGUGGACCGGGCUCUCUGGAGGUAUGACUGGGCAGGGGGAGGAGACUAUAGGCCACUCAGUGUAGGGAGGAGAGUGUCCCCUCCACCUCCUUCAUAACCACCGUCUGCCAGGCGCCAAUGGCCUUUUGCUUCAGUGGCACAUCAGAGCAGCACAGGAAGACCAAGAAGAGUCCGAUAAGCUGAAUGGAAACGCACAUCACCUCACGCACCAUCCUCUUUUUGAUAAAUCUCUUGGGUUCAAACAGCAAUGUACAAAGAGAGACCCGUGCCUCAGUGGACCAGAGGAGAGACAUGAGAGGGAAUAUGGUGUCUUUUCUCAGUCACUGCGUCAGGUACCUACAGCCCCCCCUGGACUCUGGACGCCCCCUCAACCCACACAGGCUCCGUUUCAUUCUCGAGUGGCACUUGUGGGCAGGGCCUCGUUCAGUGUCUCUGCGGUCACACCACGUGACAUAUGCAAUAUGUAUGCUCACUGUUUUGUAUAUAUGUAUCCAUACAUGUAGAUAUUCAUUGAGAAAAAAAACUGCUUGUCAUGGUUUUGUAUGCUGAAGUAUUUAUGCGUACGUACAUAUGGGCAGGUGAACACGGUGUGCUGUGUAUGUGUGUGUACAUACAUACAGCUGUAGAGAUCAUUGAUACCUCUGUAUUUUUUCACAUUUACUGCAGUGUUGUUUGUUUGUUUGUUUGUUUGUUUGUUUGUUUGUUUUGCAAACCAUGACAUGGUGUUCAAACUGUGCUCAUCUGACCUUUUUGGGUCAUUUUGAUGGUUCAGUAUGAGGACCUCCGAGUUGUGAAUGACGGUGAGUUUGUGUGGGUGUGUGUUGUUACAUUGUCUCAGAAAGUGUUGCCAGGGUGUAGCGUGCUCACCGGUUUGAGCUGGUCUUUGGUCUGUGACCAAAACAGAGUUGUGUCAAAGUGACAGGUUGAUUGACAGGUUUAUCAGUAGCAGUGAAAGGUGAACUAGCAAGGGAGGUUUCAACAAGCGGCAUGUAGACUAGUUACAGUAUAUUCAUGUCAGUUCAGGACUCCAGAGUCACGGUAACACUCACAGAAGUAAAGAGCAGUGCUUUGUGACUUAAUAUUGACCUUGAUACAACACAUGAGAAUGAAAAUAUCUAGAGAUACACCGAUUGCAAUUUUCUGGACCGGUUCCAAUUUCCGAUUUUUCAUAGUUUGACCUGCCGAUACCGAUUUUCGCUUCUUCUAACCACUUUACAGCACACACAAAUAAUUAUUUUGUAUCUGGGACAUUAAUUUCACACACUACUAAAUGCACUGUGUUAUGGAACAACCAUUUUUUUCUUCUCUCAUCCAAUAUCCAACUAAAAAUACAAAAAUAUUGUCAUGGCCGAUUACGUAAAAAUCAGCCAAUUCCGGUCACCAGCCGAUCUAUCGGUGCAUCUCUGAAAAUAUCUCAUGUGCUCUCCUUAUGAAGAUGAUAAUAUGUUCAGUAAUAAUUGGCCUUUUUUCUUUGUUGCACGUCAAAGAUGGCAUUUUGACAUUUACCCAUGCCAUGUUCACGUUAGCAUUCAACUGCAUUACCUUUUAUAUCAGAAAACAUAGUGAACAUUUGCAGAAUUUACUAAUGUAGUCCUCUGUCCUUUUUUCAUAUCGUUUCAUGUGUCCAUGCUGCCUUUUCAUCAUUAGAAAAGCCAAUUUUAUUUUGGCAGAUUACUUUUUCUCCUAUAGCUGUUACAACCCUGAUUAGACCAUUAAGACAGCUGAUGGUCUUUGACAGUGCUGUCUAAAGCAGUAAGGUCUUUACCUACUGACCUCUUCAUUGCCAGAGGUCAUCUUCUAUAUGGGUUGAAUCUGUGAAUUUUGAAUAUGUAGCUGCUAUAACGUGUGACUAUGGAUUCCUAAUGUUCAUUAUGGGCAGGCUUUCAGCAGGAAGCUUUGCCGCUCUAGUUCAAGAGACAAAAAGAGUCUUUUACAGGCAUUGUCAGAUGACGUGUGUGUGUGUGUGUGUGUGUGUGUGUGUGUGUGUGUGUGUGUGUUUGUGUAUGUGUGUGUGUGAGAGAGAAUAUGCUUAGAAGAUGUCACAUUACGUUUUGAAAGGAAACAUUGCAUUGGUGGAUUUGAAAGGAAAGCAUUGUGCUUUGGGGGAGCUCAGUGCCUCAAAAGUGCCUGAAAUUCUCUCGUGCCAUUUUGCACCAUGCACACAAUACGCUUUUUUUUUUUUUGGAUUUCAAUAGCUCAAUUACAGUGCAGGGUGCUGGUCCUCCUGGUCUUAUCAAGGCAUUGUCAUAAUGUGUUCUGUUGUGGAGUGAUUUUUUUUUUUUUUUUUUUUUUUUUUUUUUUUAAAAGAGGUUUAAGGACAGGAUCAUGCAUUCAUGCUGCUAUGAUAUACGGUGAACCAAAAAAAUAGCUCCUCUGUUCCAGAGAGGUGAGACCAGGGGCCUGCCUUGCCUACCAAGCAGCUCGUGGAGACUCCUUUGAACCUCCACUGACACUUUCUCCUAUAGCAUUCAUUGCCCUGCUCCUGUGCAGCAUUCCAGAAUCACCAGCAGCCUAUUUUUUGCUUUUCUAAAACUCGAUGGUCAAAAGCUCCCAUCCAGGUAUCCUCUCCUCUCAGACAUCCAGGUAUUCUUCUACAGCCUCUUAAGCCUCACCAGCUCUGACUGAACCAACCUACACAUCCUCAGCUCAGUAUUGCCUUCUCAUGUGUACACAACCUUUUGUAUAUCUGGAGUGUGUGCACACACACACACACACACACACACGUGCGCGCGUGUGUGCGUCCGACGUGUGUAACUAUGCGCGUGCAUUCCUGUUCAUUGGUAGCCAACAAGUUUUUGCAACAAGAGUUCUUUUUUGACUGGCGUGGCUUCCUGUGGUGACUCUUCGUGCUGUGUCGCUGUGUUAACACUGUUGUCUGGGCGAGUGGUCAGACUGGUGGAGUGGUUUGGUGUCAGCCAGACUGCCGUCGAAAAUGUGUGUUACUGUGCCAUUGUCGGUUACUAAGAUGGCCAUUGCCUUUUGUCACCCUUCUGUGACCCAAACCUAAAUUGCAAUUUACUAAAUGACUGAAUGCAUUGUUGUCUGACAUUACAUUCGGUGGUUAUCAGAAGAGAAGAGGCUUCCUAGUCACUGCCUGGAAUACAUAUGCUUUAAUAUGCAAGGGGGAGGGUUAAAUGAUCAUCUGGAUUUAAGGCAGAUUGAAGUAGAAGUGCCUCUAGCUUUUCUAAGCAUUGUGCAAUCUUUAGUAUAUAAUGUUGUAAUGGUCCUCUUUAAACAACUAACAACAGAAACAAGUAAUUUAGACAUUGCAUCUGCAUUUUGGUGGUGCCUAAAAAGCAAUUCUUAAUCUAACUGUAAACAUUCCAUAAUUUAGCCCUAGUCUUAAGGAUGCAAGAGACUAACAGUUUUGUUGAUUUGAUAGGAGUAAGUACAGUACAUUCAUACAAAAAAAAAUGCAAAGGCUUGGACCUGAGCUUGUUCUGACAGGACAUUGCGGAUGCAUAUACAAAAUACCUCUGUUUUUCGUGCGUUCCUCGAUUGAAGGAGCAUCCAAUGGAAAAGGUUUGGGCACAGAUAGGGGUUAUGCUGUAACAACUGUUCACAACAUUGCCACAGUUGCUUUGCUGCUCAAAGGCCAUUGCAUACAGGCUUCUGGAAGAUUUCUCUUUUUGUGCUUAGUGCCUAGUUUCUUCAUGAAGCAUGUUGACCCUUUGGUUAGUUUUCUUUUAAGUGUCUUGUGUUAUGAUGUGAUCAAGAGAGCAUAAUUGUAAUUGAAGAAGUUUGAAGUCUCAAAAUCUUGAAAGUUUAUUUAAUCUCAAAUGAAAAUAAUAAGGCGUAAAAAUACCUCUCUUGUUUAGACCAAUGUUUUUGUUUACCUCAGUGUGUAUAAAGUUUUUAUUGAUUGUUUUAUUUUGUCCUCUAGAUCUGACUUCAUUUUUAUGUCAUAUCUACAUGGUGUGUGUGUUGGGGGGAGGGGGGGGGGGUAAAAUGCACAUACAUUUGGGGGGGAUUGGGAAAAUUAUUGUAGCAAAGAUGUUUUUCUCUCUUAUUCAUACCUUUGCAGUAUUUGAUGGUUUGCAUAUGAAAGAAUGUUGCUUUUUCUCUCGGUUCAUGUUCUGAACAGAGCCUUGUUUAAUGGGUCAUUCUCCAUUGGUCAAAAGAAUGGUUAUUCUCUGACCUAUUCUAAGGUCACUAUCUAUCCUUAGCUUACAGUGUUUUGUUUGUUUUGUAAAGUGCACAAAGGAAGGAAUGUUCAAUGUGGGAAGCUAGAAGCCAGUUGAUUAUGUAUGGUUCCAACUAACAUUAGCAAGGUAGAAUGUUAUGUUAAUAAAUUAUGUUAAUAAAUCUUUACUGUUGAA